AUGUCCGACUCUACUCUCUAUCUCUACACCUCUCUCACUGCGGGGUCAUCCCACAUUGUCACCGCCACUGCACGGUUGGAGACGAUUUUGAAGGCCAACAAAAUUCCCUUUCGCGCAAUUGACGUGGCUACUGAUGAGGCCGCUCGUAAACUGUGGGGCCGUCGUUCCAAGGGCAAAAAGUUGCCUGGACUGGUGAAGUUUGGCACUGUUGUCGGUGAUCUAGAGGACAUCGAGGAGUGGAAUGAGUACGGUGAGCUGAGGAUGCACAUUGAUAGCGUGGAAGAUUUCGACAGCAUCCCUGCCACCAGCUACCCUGUCUCUACCUCCCAGACGAACACUGGAUCUACCACCCCUGCUACCCCACAGCCUCCAGCACAGAGUGCAACCCCGAAGCAAAGCACAAUCAAAAUUCAGAGCCCGCCGGCGAAGGAGAAGAAGGAUGAUUCAGUGACGCUGGCCUUGCGACAGGCGGGCGAGGAGGCUGCGGCAAAGGCCAAAGGCAACAUGGGCGCAGAAGUCAAGGACACCACCUCCGCAGGCUCUGAACAGCAGAAAGAGCAGUCCUCGAGCAGCGGGGAGAACAAAGGAGGAGAAGAAACUGUACGUCGGCGAUCGGUGGUUCCUGCGGAAAUUGUCGGGGGCGUUGGGGGGCGUCCACCUUUGAGGGUGCCCGAGUGCGCCGCAGAAUCAUCUGCCAAUUUCCGUGCUGAUAAUGCUGAAGCUCUAGGAUUGGUUCAACAUCACCGCGGCUCCAUUGUCUCCGCGACUUCUCCGGAGGAGAUGGAGAAGGUGGCUCAGGACUUGCGCAAAUCAAUAUCUGGCGGUCAUGAAGAAAUAUUAGCGGCUUUGAAGAACGAACAUGCGGAGCGGGCUGGACAGGACGAGACAAUCGUGGAAGAGUCAGACGGCGAGGAUGACAAGGCUGAUGAGAGUCAUGGCAAGGAAACCCAGAAACAGGAUAUUAAGGAUGCAUCUAAGGCGACAGUGACCAUUGAUGAUUAG